UUGAGCUGUGUGUUCCCAAGUGCCCACGCCUCUGCUUUCCCCUCAACCGCACCGCCGCGCCACCGGCGAGGGAGGGGCGCGCUGCCGCCGGCCGAUGCUGACGCUGGGGGAGGCCUCGCCAUGGGGGCUGGCGGCCGUGGCGCUGCUGUGGCUGGCCGUAUGGACGCUGGAGUGGGCCUGGUGGACGCCGCGGCGGCUGGAGAGGGCGCUCCGGGCGCAGGGCGUCCGGGGCACCCGGUACCGCCUCUUCACCGGCGACGUGCCGGAGAACGUGCGCCUCAACCGGGAGGCCCGGACGAAGCCGCUGCCGCUCGGCUGCCACGACAUCACCCCGCGCGUGCUGCCUAUGUUCAGCAAAGUCGUCGAGGAGCACGGGGAACCAUCAUUCACUUGGUUUGGCCCAACGCCAAGAGUGAUGAUUUCAGACCCUGAGUCAAUAAGAGAGGUUUUGUCUAACAAGUUUGGUCACUAUGGCAAACAACGGACUACCCGUUUAGGAAAGAUGCUAGCCUCCGGAGUUGUAAGCUAUGAAGGCGAGAAAUGGGCAAAGCACCGGAGAAUUCUCAAUCCCGCCUUCCACCAUGAGAAAAUAAAGAGGAUGCUACCAGUUUUUGCUAACUGUUGCAUUGAAAUGGUCGAUAGAUGGGAUAAUUCAAUGUCUCUUGAAGGGGUAUCUGAGUUAGAUGUUUGGCCUGAGUUCCAGAAUCUUACGGGAGAUGUCAUAUCAAAAACAGCAUUCGGUAGCAGCUAUGAUGAAGGAAGGAGGAUUUUUCAGCUGCAAGCAGAGUCUGCCGAACGCUUAAUACAAGCCUUCCGGACUAUUUUUAUACCGGGAUAUUGGUUCUUACCAACUAAAAACAACAGAAGGAUGAGAGAGAUUGAACGGGAGGUCCGCAAACUUCUACGGGGAAUAAUUGGAAAGAGAGAAAGGGCUAUCAAAAAUGGUGAAACCAGUAAUGCUGACUUGCUGGGAUUAUUGGUGGAGUCAAAUAUGAGGGAAUCAAAUGGGAAAGCAGAACUAGGAAUGACUACAGAUGAUAUUAUUGAGGAAUGCAAGCUGUUUUACUUUGCAGGUAUGGAGACAACAUCAGUUUUGCUCACUUGGACGUUAAUUGUACUAAGCAUGCACCCAGAGUGGCAAGAGCGAGCAAGAGAAGAAGUGCUACACCACUUUGGAAGAACCACACCAGACUAUGAUAGCUUGAAUCGUCUGAAGACUGUAACAAUGAUUCUAUAUGAGGUUCUUAGGUUGUAUCCGCCAGUGGUGUUCUUAACCAGACGAACAUACAAGGAAAUGAAUCUCGGUGGCAUCAAAUAUCCUGCUGAAGUGAACCUUAUGUUGCCCAUUUUAUUCAUUCACCACGAUCCCAAUAUUUGGGGGAAAGAUGCAAAUGAAUUCAAUCCAGAGAGGUUUGUUGAUGGCAUCUCCAAUGCAACGAAGUACCAAACCUCCUUCUUUCCGUUUGGAUGGGGUCCUCGAAUCUGCAUAGGCCAAAACUUUGCACUAUUGGAAGCCAAGAUGGCUCUCUGUACGAUCCUUCAGAGGUUCUCCUUUGAGCUUUCACCGUCGUACAUCCACGCGCCAUAUACUGUAAUAACUCUCCACCCACAGCACGGUGCGCAAAUUAAGCUCAAGAAAAUCUGACCAUAAUGCUCACUUGCUCGGACCGGCCACGGGUGGGGGCUUAAAGUCAGUUAAACAUAUUACCUGUUGGUAUAGCUUUGUAUACAGAGAAACAUGGUGAGUGAAAAUUUUCUCUUCUUUUUCUUGUAAACAAAGGUAGAUUCCAUGUUUUGUACUUUGAACUAGAAUAAAGAUGUUACCUGUUGGUAUAGCUUUGUAUGCAGAGAAACGUGGUGAAUGGCACAGUA